AUGGUGAUGUCUGUGCAGACGGUGUGUAUAGAGAAAAAUGAGACACUGGGCGGCACGUGUCUCAACGUCGGGUGCAUACCAUCCAAAGCACUCUUACAUAACUCACACUACUAUCAUAUGGCUCUUCAUAAUGAUUUCAAAACCAGAGGAAUUGAAUUCGAUAAUCUUCGGCUUAAUUUGGAUACACUUAUGGAACAAAAGAGAUCUGCGGUGAAGAGCCUGACCGGAGGUAUCGCCCAAUUGUUUAAGAAAAAUAAGAUAACUCAUAUUAGAGGUCACGGGAAGAUCACCGGUACUAAUGAAGUGACGGCUAUUAAAGAGGAUAACACGACAGAAGUGGUGAAGACUAAAAAUAUAUUAAUAGCUACCGGUUCUGAAGUGACUCCUUUCCCCGGCAUUGAAAUUGACGAGAAAACGAUCGUUUCGUCGACGGGUGUCCUAUCAUUAGAUAGAGUCCCGAAGAAAAUGGUAGUCAUCGGCGCCGGUGUCAUAGGGCUUGAGUUGGGCUCUGUUUGGUCGCGUUUGGGCGCAGAGGUGACUGCCGUUGAGUUCUUGGGACACGUGGGAGGGCUUGGAAUCGAUGCCGAGAUAUCCAAGAAUUUCCAGCGAAUACUAGCCAAACAGGGAUUGAAAUUCAAAUUGAAUACUAAAGUGACGGCAGCCGUCAAACAGGGCGACAAUAUCCAGGUGUCCAUCGAGUCGGCCAAAGGGGGAGAGAAAGAGACUCUCGACUGCGAUGUACUGUUGGUAUGUGUGGGAAGGCGUCCCUUCACUCAAAAUCUCGGUUUAGAAGAACUUAAUAUUCAGAAAGACGAGAGGAAUAGGAUUAAGACUAACUCCAGAUUUCAGACUAAUAUUCCCAAUAUAUUCGCUAUCGGAGACUGUAUUCCCGGCCCGAUGUUAGCCCAUAAAGCCGAGGAUGAGGGCAUUGUGUGUGUGGAGGGCAUCGCUGGCGGACCCGUUCAUAUAGACUAUAAUUGCGUGCCUUCCGUCAUAUACACGAGCCCUGAGGUGGCCUGGGUUGGCAAGUCUGAGGAGGACCUCAAACAACAGAAUGUGGACUACAAAGUGGGCAAAUUCCCGAUGAUUGCCAACAGUCGGGCCAAGACUAACAACGAGACCGAAGGACUCAUUAAGAUAAUCGCCGAUAAGAAAACCGAUCGCAUACUAGGCGUUCACAUGAUUGCCGGGGUCGCGGGUGAGAUGAUCAAUGAGGCGACGCUGGCCAUGGAGUACGGCGCCUCCUGCGAGGACGUGGCCCGUGUCUGUCACGCG